AGCACAUGACUUCCUCCAAAGAAUCCUUGGAACUGUAGUUAUUAAGGGUCCUGGGAAGUUGCAGCCCUGUGAGGAGGAAACCACUGUUCCCAGGAUUCUUUGGGGGAACUCACGUGUUUUAAAAGAAUGGCGGGGCGCCUAACUCCCAAGGAGCAGCAGUAUUAGAGCGCAAACCUAUGCAUGCUACCUGGGAAUAAGUCUCAUUGAUCUCAAUAGGAUUUAUUCGAGUCGAUGGCGCAAAGGAUCGCGUCGUAAGACUGCUCUCCAAUGCAUACUUACCCGGAAGUAAGCCCCACUGAAUCCAGGGGGCUUCCUUCCAAGUAAAUCAAUAUAGCAUUGUUGCACUGCAAGAGAGUCGUCGUGGCAUGAGCUUUUGUGGUAAGUCUUUUAAAGACUCUGGAACUUGUUUCUUCUCUUUGACUUUCCAUGCACGGAAACAACCUCCGUCCCGACCCAUAUUUACCGGGCAAAGGUAAAGCACGGCUCCCACCAGGAUGAGCAGGAAAGUCACUGCGAAGAUGACAAAAUCGAGCAUGUCUGUAAGGAGCACAAUCCCAUCCGUCUGCAAAAAAAGAAAAAGGAGUCCGUCAACGUCCCCGAUCUUCGGCUCCCUUGCCUUGCCCGGUUUUGGGCAGGAGGCGGAGAUUUGAGGAGGGAGACUAAAGCAAUCGAGCCAUCGGCUGUGCAAGGCAGGGAAGGGAGUUCUUCACACAAUCCCAUCCCGAGCCUGAUCGAGACCCAGUCUUCGCAUUCAUAGCUGAUCCUUGUGCCAAGCGGAGGUUUCCAACGCGACCCGCCCCUGCCGCUAACUGCGCCCGGGCUGAGUUUCCUGGGGCUUCCAGGGAGGAAAACGGUCCGUUUCCACCGGGCGACUUCUGUCCUGAUGGGGGCUCGCCGGCGACUGCUGCUGAUCUCCAGCUCUACUUUGCACGGAGCGGGCUACCUAGACCACUGCGAGGAACAAACAAGCACUUCUUUGGGCCGCUACGGGCUAGACAGUAUCCACGAAUUGCUCAAUCCACACGAAGCUGUGAGAAAAGCUGAAGCGAUAUUCAUUGGUGGUGGCAACACAUUUCGUCUCUUGAAAGCUCUUUACGACAAUGGUCUGAUACAGCCGAUCAGGAGAAGAGUUCUUGAGGGUGGGAUCCCAUACAUUGGAUCAAGUGCAGGAACCAGUAUCAGUAUCAACACAACCAAUGACAUGCCAAUUGUAUAUCCUCCUUCUUUGAUGGCCCUUGGAUUGGUUCCUUUCAACAUCAAUCCACACUGUUUGGAUCCAGAUGUUAAUAGCACUCACAUGGGGGAAGCCCGUGAGAAAAGGAUUCAGCAGCAUCAUGGAGAACCAGACACACCUCCCGUAUUGGGUUUACGUGAAGGAUCACUGCUGCUGGUAGAGGGCAGCAAAGCUACCCUGCAAGGAAAAACCGGGGCUCGACUGUUUGUGAAAGGGAAAGGCCCCACGGAACAUGAGCCUGGAACAGAUUUCAGUUUCCUGUCGACAGAGAGCCCUGAGGAGGUGUAACUUCGGUUGAAGUGAAGCUGAAAUUGUCAGAUCCCAAGCAGGCUCCAGCUUAUCUGAGAAAGAAUUGCCUUGUCUCAGGAGUACAAAAACCCAGAUGCCCACUAGAGCACUGGCACCCUAAAAAUUGGACCCAGACACUUGCUUCCAAGUUGAGUCACAGCUUCCCACAACACGGCUCCAGAUCCUCUUAUACACAGUUGUAAUAAAAGAGCUGCUGUGAAUGCGUAUACAGUGUGCUACCCACUCUAGCAGCUACUUGCUUGAGGAAAGGUUCCUAAAUCAGAAGUCAAACUAGUUUCCAGGUAGGUUUCAGCCCUGGCAUCUGUAUAACAGCUAGAGACAAAGUUUUAAGGCAUUUGCCUGAACGGACAAGAGCUUAAAAUGUGCAGAGGGAUUGGGUGGUGUAGGCAGACUCCUCUCCGUCCGUCCCCCCACGCUUUUUGGACACAAAGGUCUGAAGGGGCCAUCCACUCACGUUUUAUCUGACCAGGUUGAGAACCCACUGCACCACUUGGAAUUCUACCUUAUCAGGAUUCCCAAUCAGGUAGGUGCUGCUAAGCACAUUCAGUUGGAUGGGUCUAGGAGGGGUCCUUUCAGGCAUUUGUGUUCAAUGAGCGAAGGGCUGAGGAAUCCGUGUGCGCAGGGAUGCGGGGGGGCUUGCAUGUGGACCAUCACACUCUUGACCCUGUGUUCAGGUAAAUGCCAGCAGGGUGAUGGUGGGGAAAUAGAUCAAAAUGCAUCAACAAGAUGUGCCCACCUCUCCGCUUCCAACCUGGCUCCUAAAUUUCUACAAAAAGUCCUACACUCCUACUUUACUAAGAGAUCACAGAUUUGAUUCCAGCUGAUCACAAACUUGUCUUCGAUGGCAGAACAUACUCCUGUGAUUACUUUGCAACACUCAAGUGCACCUGUAACAGCUUGUGGGGAAAGUUGCAUCUCCAGAUUACUGCUUGAUACAGUGCUUUAGAGCAGGGGUGGGGGCUGACCGUGCCCCCUGAACUCUCCCCAGUUCACACCCCCUUACUGGCCCUGCUUCACACCCUCCUUGAGUGCUUUUGCCUAGCUGAAGUGUGUCCUUGAACUCUGAUAAUGCCUCUUGCUUGUCUGGAUGGAGGGUAGAGAGGGGUAUGCGAGUUGGUAGUGUGGACCUUGAUCUGAUUGGGGCGGGAGGAGGAAGAGGCUUCUGUACAUUUCCCUUAAGUUAACCACAUUGCAUGAUUUUGGAUGAUUUCCUCCUCUCCAUCAGCAACAAUACCACAUUGCUCAAGAGGGGUCCCAAUCCUCUAGAAAGGGGAGGGGAGGACAAGCAACUCUGGAAGGAAUAUGAAACUUUUCUUAAGUGGCCUUCUCUUAGGAGUUAAGCCAGUAGCCCUAGUUUCAUUAGGUGGUGGGUAGGGGAGGAGAAAAAAAUCUUAUUGGCCGAUGGUGUGCUCACAACUCCCAUUGAGGACUGGGGUCUAGCAGACAUUCUGCUAUGUGCUAGUAAACAGGACCUAGUCUGGGAAGGAGGAAAGGGAGAGCACUUCUCAUUCAGAAGCAUGAGAUUCUUCCACAGCAGCAGAAUCCACUAUCCCCCAAGAAUAUACAUAUUUGGAGCUUCAGAAUGUAGUUUGUCACAGUGCCUAUUCGGCCUGCUCUUUGAAAUAGCACCUUAAAUUCCUGUCUUAAAUAAAAUGUUAAUGUAUAUAGCAGGGCUCAGAUCUAAUGAGUGUGGUGUGUGUGAGUAGAGAGGUGAAGGCCCAGAAAAAUUAGGAAAAAACCCAUUUUUUUUCCUGAAGCCAUUUUUGUUUUUUUCUGAAAAAUUCAAAAAAAUGGAUUAUGGAAUGUUUUAUUUUAGCAUGAUGAAUGUUUCAUUGAAUUGUGCCCCCCCUUUUUUUCUCAUUUCUUUUUAUGGGAAUGGAUGCUUUAUGUCUGCUUGACACUGUGGAGGACUAACGGAGACAUAAUAAUUUUCUUUAUUAAUGUUGAUUUCUUCUGAAUUUUUCUGCUCCUCAUAAAGUGGCAAAAUGAAAGAGGUUCCUUACAGUUCAGGAUCAUUUCAGGAUCCAUUUGUUGCAAAAAGAGUAAAAAUUUAAAAAAUCAAUUUGUAAUAAUAUUUGAAUAAAAUGUACUUUUAAUAUACCAAAUGUGAUAA